AUGGUGUUCAAGCCUCUCACCAUCGCUGCGGCAGUAGCCGGCCUCACUCCUUUUGUGUCUGCUUUCGAUGCCCAGGCAAAGUCCAACGUUGCCGUCUACUACGGUCAAGGAUAUGGUCAACAAAGAUUGAGCCACUUCUGCCAGGAAACUUCGUUGGAUAUUAUCAACCUUGGCUUCAUCAAUACUUUCCCGGACCAGGGACCUGCCGGGUGGCCGGGUAGCAACUUCGGCAAUCAGUGUGAUGGCCUAACAUAUGAAGUUGACGGCGUCUCAACGGAGCUUCUUUCUGGUUGUCACCAAAUUGCAGAAGAUAUUCCCAUCUGCCAGGAAGCAGGAAAGAAGGUUUUCCUGUCCCUCGGUGGUGCCUCUCCCGAUAACCAGCAGAUUUUGUCAGAUGCCUCUGCUGUCCAAUUCGCCGAUUUCCUCUGGGGUGCCUUCGGUCCGCAGACGGAGGAAUGGGUGUCGAAUGAUGGCCCUCGUCCUUUUGGUGACGUUGUUGUCGAUGGGUUCGAUUUCGACAUCGAGCACAACGGCGGUUUUGGAUAUGCGACUAUGGUCAAUCGGUUCAGAGAGCUUUACGCCUUGGUCCCGGAGCGUACCUUUUACAUCUCUGGUGCCCCCCAAUGCCCGAUACCCGACCCUCAACUCAGUGAUGCGAUUGCCCAAUCCCCCUUUGACUUCGUUUGGGUGCAAUUCUAUAACACUGCUGGCUGUGCCGCUAGUGACUCUAUCAAUGGUGUCAGCACCGGCUUCAACUUUGACGACUGGGUGGAUGUCAUCAAGCGUGGAGCCAACCCGGACGCAAAGCUCUAUGUGGGAUUGCCUGCCGGUCCCGCUGCAGCAGGAACUGGAUACUACCUGACCCCGGAGGAAGUCUAUCCUCUGGUGAAUGUGUAUAUGAACCUCUACCCGGAGACGUUUGGAGGUAUCAUGCUUUGGGAAGCAACGGCUUCGGAUGAGAAUACGUUCAAUGGGCUCACAUUUGCCGACUUAAUCAAAGACAUCCUGGUUGCAGUUGAUCCUUCGCCACCGGUUCCCAGCCCUUCGUCUAGCAGUGCUAUCGCCUCAAGCACACCUGCGGUGUCGAGUACCCCUGUUUCAUCAAGCGCUCCUGCUUCAUUCACCUCGACUCCAUCAAGCAGUCCAGUUCCGUCAAGCUCUGCUGUUUCCACUCCCGCGGUUCCGAGUACAACCGAGUCUUCAAGUACUCCUGUGGUGUCAAGCAGCGUCUCUGCGUCAAGUAGCCCUAUCGCAUCAAGCCCUGUGGCGUCCAGCUCUUCAGUUCCAUCCAGCACUGCUAUUGCCUCCAGCACUCCAGUGGCAAGCAGCGCGCCCGUGACCACCAGUGCCGCUGGUGCUUCCAGCUCACCGAUUGUCCCCAGCUCCCCGGUUGCCUCUAGCCCUGCUGUUCCCUCCAGCUCUGCUGUUACAUCUAACACUCCCGUGGCCACCAGCUCUGUUGUUGCCUCCAGCUCUCCUAUUGUGUCAAGCAAACCGGCGGCAUCUAGCCCAGCUAUCAUUUCCAGCACCCCGGCGGUCAGCACCCCUGUGGCAUCCAGCGCUCCCGCUGUCUCUAGCUCUACUACUGCAUCUGGAUCCGCUAUUGCGUCCAGCUCUGCUAUUGCGUCCAGCUCUGCUAUUGCGUCCAGCUCUGCUAUUGCGUCCAGCUCUGCUAUUGCGUCCAGCUCUGCUAUUGCGUCCAGCUCUGCUAUUGCGUCCAGCUCUGCUAUUGCGUCCAGCUCUGCUAUUGCGUCCAGCUCUGCUAUUGCGUCCAGCUCUGCUAUUGCGUCCAGCUCUGCUAUUGCGUCCAGCUCUGCUAUUGCGUCCAGCUCUGCUAUUGCGUCCAGCUCUGCUAUUGUGUCUAGCAAGCCAGCAGCAUCUAGCUCUGCCAUUGUUUCCAGUACUCCGGCGGUCAGCACCCCUGUGGCGUCCAGCACUCCCGUUGUCUCUAGCUCUGCUAUUGCAUCCAGCUCCCCUGUUGUGUCAAGCACCCCUGCGGUAUCAAGCAGCCCUGCUGUCUCGACUUCUCCUGUGAUAUCGAGCACUCCUGCCAUGUCAAGCAGCCCGUCUGCAUCAAGCACCCCCAUCAUUCCAAGCUCGGCUGCCAGUUCUGUUGUUGCAUCGAGCUCUCCCAUUCCUUCGAGCUCCAUUGUAAGGUCGAGCACUCUGCUUCAUUCCAGCUCAUCGGCCCUGUCGAGCACUCACACCUUCAGCAACCCUGUGGUGCCAAGCAGCUCAGCCAUUUCCCUCACUCCUUCAAGCACGCCUGUCCGUUCAACUUCAUCUGUUGCCUCAGGAAAGUCAUCCAGUGUUCCUGUUAUUUCAAAGCCAUCCUCCACGAUCAUUGCGACUUUCACCAGUUCUUCUGGGUCAUUGCCCUCUUCCAGCACUCCCGCUGGGACCGGGGUUCCAUCAUCUACCCUGUCACAUCCGUCUAGCACACCGUUACUGUCAAGCUCACCUGUCAGCUCUGCCGAGCCGGUCUCUUCAAGUUCUGCUGUAGGAUCCAGCGUGGGUUCCUCGUCCAGUGUGGUCCCUGGAAUGUCGACCAGGUCAAGCUUCUCAGUUGUUCCCUCUGGUACGCCCAUCGCAUCUGUUUCGGGAACAACAAUCGUGUCUGCUACUUCCUCGUCAAGCGGACCGGGCAGUCCCACCGUGUCAAGCUCCAUCAACACGUCGAGCACAGAUGCUUCAACACGCACUUCUGCUUCUUCUGUGGAGUCUACCUCCUCGGGAUCGGUGGUUACAUCGGUGACCUCAUCCGGCGCCCCUCAUGCGUCAAGCUCCACCAGCUCCGUUGUUACCACCAUCCCAUCGGUGCCUUCUGACAGCCCGUCCUCGUCUGGUAGUGAAGUAACGUCGAGCACCGAGUCUGCUAGCUCAGCAUCAGGCCAGACUGGAGCGGAAACAACUUCCGCUUCUUCGGGCAGCCCGGGAGCAGCCAGCACCUCAACCUCCGGUGCCGCUGCAAAUGGCUCGGGUGCUCAGGACAGCACAAAGUCUACUGAUCACGCCAGCACCUUUUCCUCGUCGUACUCGACUCCCUUGGGCAGCGCUUCAAGACAAACAGACGGCGCAACUACCGUUCCAACUGGUGUACCAACCGGCAACGGUAAUGGACUCGCUCCGAUUACUUCCAGCAUCACAUCUGCCCCGGCGGUACCUUCGGUCACGUCCAGCGGCUCGGAGCCCACCAUCACUACCACGGUCAUUGUGACUUCUUACAUUGACAUCUGCCCCGAAGGGUUCACCACGAUCACCACGACUUAUACUACUACUUACUGUCCUGCAACGGCGUCUGCCACAGCCACCGUCACCAACCCUCCCGGCGCUCCAGCGCAGACCACUAGUCCCAGUGUCCCUGAGGGCUGGACGACGACUGUGACCGUAUGCACUCACUGCGCUCCCACACCGACUACUGUCACUCUUACUUUGCCGGCCACCAAUCGGCCGUCAGGGCUGGCAUCCUCGACCAGCGCACCGAACUCUCCUGAAGACUGGACCACCACGGUCAGUGUCUGCACCGACUGUGGUCCUACACCUACCACGGUCACGGUCACGGUUCCCGUCAGCGCUGCCACAGGUGUUGAUGCGUUGACUGCCAAUCCUUCUGGUAGUCAGUCUACCGGAGAGAGCUUGCCCGGCCAAAGUGCCCCUACAGCCCCUACAGCUCCCGCGUCAACAGCCCCCACCACGACUGCGACGGUCAUUGUGGCCCCGAGCCAAUCGUCAACCAGCCAGCCGGUAAUUCUUGGAACCGGCAGCGUCCGUGCCUCAUCGACCUUCCAUAUCCAGCCAUCCCAGAGCGGAUCCCGAGUGCCUGUGGCUCCCAGCGGCACGGCCGCCGGCGUGUCGCCCGUAUUCACGGGCGCGGCUUCACGGGUGUCACAACUGCAACACGGUGCAGGUGCAGUGUCAGCGUUUGCGCUGUUCCUCUUGGCAGCCAUCUAG